CCACGCCAUGUUUUAAAAAAUGACAAAAGUAACUACACAACCUCGGACCCGUCGCCCGCGGCCUCGGGCCGCCGCCACCGGUUCCAGCCCCACCGGAUCACCCCGAACGAGACCUUCAGGGGCAGCGUCGCCAGCGUCGCCAGCGUCGACAGGAAACCGCCACCACCACUCUGCCGCCGCCGCCGCCGCCGCCACGCCUCGUAGCGCUCGCGCUCGCGCCGGUCCACCAACCGCUCGGCCCGCGCGCGCUCCGCGUCCACGGCUUCCCGGCCCUCGGGCGUCUCCAGCAUGCGCCGGAACUUGGCCUCGAGGUCGGGGUCGUCAAAUUCAUCAUCAGAGAUGCCGCGCUCGUCGUCCGAGGAGGACGACGACGAGGACGCGGACGACGACGAGGCGUCGGCCUCCGCGGCGGCGUCGUGCGGCGCGGCGGCGGCGUACGAUGCGCCGUUCGCGUGGCCGUUCGGGCUGCCCGCGGGCGGCGCGGGCGGCUUGGCCACGACCCAGCGGCUCUCGCCGCUCUCCGCAUGGUACAGGUAGGGGUGGCCGGUGGCCGGGUCGACGUAUUCGACCCAGCCGUCCUCCAUCGGCGCCGCGGCGGCGCCCGAGCAGUGAGCAGGCUCGUCCCAAGCGGCAGCGGCAGCGGUGCUCCGCUCCGAGCGCGGCGCGCGCGAGAGGCUGCCUCUCUUGCUGCGCACAAGUGCUUGGCUGCCCGGACCUCGCCCGAGCCGGGGAGUGCGCAAAAUCGAUGCGCUCGGCGCUCGGGCGC